UUAAUUAUUUAAGAAAAGACUCCAACACCGAAUAAAGCUCAAAAAUGCUUGAUACACCUAGUCCACUUUCAAAUUGAAGUGCUCUCCAAUCAUGUAUGCCUCCUCCAGGCAUUUAUGCCUUACUAAGCCUGCUGGAGUCGUUGUGUUUGACAUCAACGCUUAUUGUUUUAAUUCAAGAAAACUACGCAUAUAAUUUUGCCACUUUCUCAAGGCGCUUGAACUUUGAAACUCCCAACUGUCUAGAGCGAGUUCCAGAUAAGGCCAGACAGAAACAAGGAAGUUGUUUCAGCUGCUCACUCACCUUUUCUGCCCUGCACUGCCUAAAUGUGUCACUGCUACGAAUGCCCUUUCUACACGUGUUUGAUGCUAGUAGAUUAUGACUUGCUAUUGGACCAACAACCAUACUGUUAAGAUAUUCCAUACACUCUGAUCCAUCUUCCUUUAGCGACUUUCGUAUUUCGUAGCCAGACGGAUGGAAUUUUUAGCAAUCCCAUAAACUAAUAUCUCGUUUCCGGCAAAGUCUUUUUACCUGAAGCCCAGUAUGUAGGCAGCUGCUUCUUUUCUACUGCCUCCCUGUCCCUAAGGACAUUUUGCGACGUAAUACGAUGUGAGGUUAUUGCCUUAAUUUCCCUUUGGCUGUCAACUACAUACAUAGAUACUUUCUUUGUAGCUUCCCGUUGCUAGUUAUCUCAGCAGCUUUGCUAAACGCGAAGACCUCUAAAUGGAAAGUACUGCUGUACCCCGAAAGCUUUAAAAGUUUCUUCAGAUCUAAGUCGGUGCAAUAGAUUCCGGCACCUACUCAGUCCAGGCAUUUUUAAUCCUUCCCUAUAGUUGUUCCAAGUUCCUCCUGUAGGUACCUGCGCCAUCUGUGGAUAUAGUUUGAAACAUUCUUUCCCAGAUAAAGCCUAUUUUGUUCAACAUCCCUUUUUUUAAUGAGCUAUGCCAUAUUGGUGUUAAGUUGAGUAACCUUUCUAGUGUAGUUGUUGGAUUAGUUUUUAGCGCUCCUGUUAUACUGAACACAAAGAGCUGCUGUGUUCGCUCCGAUUGUUUGCUGUAUAAGAUUUCGCUGGCAGCGGGUCGCCACACCAAAGCACCAUAGAGCAAGAUUAGUGCCAUUAGCCUUUGCCAAAUUAGCAUGGGCAGCUGAAUAAGACAUUUCUGAUAUACCAGCACAAGAUUUUUAAGGAUUGGUACCUAAAAAUGUGUCUCUAAUCGCGGGUCAUGUAAUUAAAAAAGUACCUGACUGUUCUCAGGCCCGCUCGCAAAGUCGUUUUUGAGCGUAAUUCACAAAAAAAAAAACAACCUCUACAAUGAUUUACAUUACGAACGCUAUGCAUCUUCAGCAUUCGAGUGUCCAUACCGAGAGAUAUUGGUUUCUUCUACACAGUUUACUAUGCUAUGUUUUAAGCUUCUGCUUCAAAAUAAGGAAUAAUUGGUGCGAAUUCCUUAAGCGAUGCCUGAAAUUCCUAUUUCAUUCGAAGAGCGAGUGCUUUUCGGUCCAUAUACGACGGUUAUCGGCACGACAGCUUACGAUGACUUGUAGAGAGAAAAAGAAAAGAACGUGUUUUUUAAAUUUAAAUUUAUUAAUUUAUUCGUUUUCUAGUUUCACUGUUUAAGAAAUAGUGAAAAGGAGCCAAAAACAUUUAACCGGCAAGUAGCUGAAAGCCAUACCAAAGCUGAUUUUGAAAAUGAAUAAGUUGCAAAGCGGAUUGUGAAAUAGAGAAAGAAAGAGAAAAGUAAUUUCCUUCAAACAAAAUUUCGUGAGAGUAAAAGCUUACACGACAAAAGCUUUAACAAAUUUCCGCUUGCCCACAGUGAAACGCCGUCACAGCGCUACUUGCGAGCCAACUAAGCGAACAGUUGCUGUGAGAUUUCGAAACGAAACGGUCGUGAGCGAGCGGAAAAACUGAAAAACACUUGACGUGCACUUGAAAAGAUUUUUGCUGCUAAAUUUUUCCUUUUAUGGUGGAUAAACUCACCCACACCACUGCCACCGAACUCGUGUAGUGUAGCGUGAGUGCGCUCGUGUGUUCACCAACGCUACGGGGGUGGCUGUAGCUAGUUAUGGCGUUAGCUUAUAUGUAUAUGGAUGGCUAUAAGUAUGUGCCUGUGAUGUAGUAAAAUGGAUAAAUGGAAAAGAGCAAUAAUAAAAGUGUAUGUCAAAGCAGUUGGCACUUCUUCUUCUGUGGAGUUUGCUGCUGCAUAGUUAGCUGAUUUAGACGAAAGCGUGUGUGGGAAGAAAAUACAUAGGACUGUGAGAUUUUAGAUUUCGUGUGUAUGUAAAUAUAUAAAUUUUGAACAUAUUUUUAAUGAAUAUUCACCGUGGCCGGUUUCGAAAAGUAUGGGGUGAAUUAGAAAGCGCAAUUGAGACGCUUUCGCCUCCCGACACAAAUCGUAUAAGCGAAACCAAAAAGAAAAGUAAGAAAAAAGAAACAAAAACACAAACCGUGUGAAAUCAAAUAUGCGACACGAUGUUGAAUUUUCAAUGAACAACAGUAUUUUACGUUCGGCUGUGAGACAUGUACAAUUGUAUAUAAUGCCCCAGCGGAUUGAAUAAACUGCAAGCGAAAGGAUUAUUACCUCAAAGUUAGCGUUGCAUAUUUUAUGGCGUUCAAAAGCAAACAAGAAAAUUAAAACAAAACAAGUGGUGUGUAAAUAAUAGAAGGAUUUGUGCAUAGAAAAUUUACAAAAAAAUAUUCAGUUUUCAAAUUAACAGAUUACGUAAACCUGCAAAGUGUGUGAAGAAAUGAAAAAACACAAGCAAAUAAAAUCUCUACCAAAAGGGAUUUAUUUUCGAUUUUCCAGCUUCGCAUAAUAUUUUUUUAUAGCCUCAUGUGUGUGCUAGUGAUUUGAUGAACCGAAAUAUUUACCCAACAAACCAGUGGUAAACUAAAAAAUUACAAAGACACAAAAAAAAAAAACAUAAAAAAUUUGCCACUCGCCGUGUAGUGAAGCAAAAGCGAAGGAUAAAUACGAGUGGUUUACGUGUAAGCAUCCGUGUUGUAACCUUGACAUGCGGCCUAGAGCCAACCAGCCAACCAACCAACCAACCAACCAACCAGCCAGCCUACCAGCCUUCUAAAUCUCACAUACGUAUAUGUUUAGCGUAAUUGUGUGAGUGUACAACCUGCGGCCUACUUUCAAAAGUGAUUCAAGCAAACGGAAGCAAGCUACAUAAAAGAGAAGAAAGAAAGAAAGAAAUACAGACACAUGCAUAACAGCACAUAACGACGGCAGACGAGCAGUCACUUCCUUAACGACCCUGCCUGCAAUAUACAUACUCCCACUCAGAGGCCACACACAAGCAUAUAUACAUAUAUAUAUACAAUAAUGUAGAUGUAUAUAUGUAUGUAUGAAAGUAUCUAUCUAAGUGCGUGUGAAUAUACAUAUAUAUAUUUUUUUUUUGGUGUGCAAGAGUUUAUCUGCUACAAAGGUACUCAAUGCUCGACGGCUCCAACAGUCUGUAAUUACUUUAGUUUCAAUUUUGUGUAGUGUUAUCGUUUCUCUACCCCACGUAUGUACAUACAUACAUAACUGUCAAGCUGCAGACAAACAGGCAGCAGAAAUUGUUUUGCUGAUAAAAUGCAUGCUUUUUAUUUGUGGCUGAUAUUGAAUUCCAGUGCAGUGUGGUAAUUAAAGUGAAAAAUAUUACAAAAUAGUAGUGACCGGAAAUCCCCCCAAAAAUAGACUUUUUAAGUUUAGACUUUAAGCUUGGCUUGAACUAAAUCCCAAGAGCACCAGCUAGCUGUACGUAGUUUGAUAGUGAAACGUUUGGGAAGCUAUACAACUCCCUCACACUUAUAGUUCAACGCUUUGUCGCUUCUGCUGUGUGACGGCACUGUGAUGUACUUACUCCCGUUACGUAAAAACCAUUACUUCACCUCUUCACUUCAUCUCCGUCAACUAAAACAUACUCUUCAUCCAGUCUAUCGUCUAGCGUCACCACUUCGCAACCAACAACAGCUUGAAUUUUAUCUUCGCAACUCAAUUGCAACCGAUGCUUUUGAAAAAUGCCCAAACAAGUUAAUGCUGCUAAGACUCUGGCGACGACAGAUAGAGAUAGAGUCGAAGACUGGUCUACUGUAAAGAUCGCGAAUGAGUCCAAUGUGAAUGGUGGCGAUAAUAUCAUUACCAUCAGCACGAGUAGCAUCACCAACGAGUGUCAUUCAUCAGCACGCAACGAGGAUACAUUAAAACCGCCUGCAUCACCAAAAUCAGCUUCAGAUACCGGCGACGAUCCAGCAACGCAUCAGCACUCUUGUUCUUAUUUGAAGCCGACAGCAACAGCUGCUGCCAACGUCUCCACACAUCCGGCAAAUAACGCCGAGCCACAGAAACAAACACGCACAGACGAGCAUUGGUGUGAUCUAACGCAUUGCAUCUCAUUUCAGGAAAAUAUCGCCGAUGUACAUCAUCGUCGGGGUCGUCGUUUGCAUGGCCUACAAUUGCCUUUACAUCCGCUACAAGUAUUCGGUUGGCUUGUACUCAUACUGUUCGGCAUUGCUACAUUCUGUGUGCUAAUACCAUCGUUCACGAGCGAAAUUCAAGGUCCACUUUACGGUCUGGUCGGUGGUUUGUUCAUCGCACACGUCGUUUCGCAUUUAACUGCACUGCUUACGGAUCCCGCUGAUCGUGAAUUGCAACGUGUCCAUCGUAACGAUCGCAUUGUGCCCGAGUUCGAUCGCAACAAGCACGCACAUGUUAUUGAGAACGGUCGCUGUCAUCUGUGUAACAUACGCACGUCGUCUCAGCGCACGAAACAUUGUUCGGUGUGCAACAAGUGUGUUGGGAAAUUCGAUCAUCACUGCAAAUGGCUGAAUCAUUGUAUCGGUUCGCGUAAUUAUGCGGCAUUUCUAAUGUGUGUGGUCAGUGCUGUAGCGGCGACGAUAGUGAUUGUUGUCGCUGUGGUCGCGCAAAUCGUGCUUUAUUAUGUGCAUCCUGAAUGGUUGAGCUUCUGGCAGUCCGCGGACGGUCAUGAUGCAAAUAACGGCUUAGCGCGCGUAGCUACCGCUAACGAGGCGCACAGCGAAGACGGUUCGGUAUUGUUCGUACGUAAUGUGAGUGGUCUCAAUGACACUUUCGGCAAUACUACUACUACUACAGCGCACAUCGAUUUUGCCACAAAUGUCACCAACAAUAUAACCGCCUAUCUGCUGGAUAGCGAUUUGUUAGCGGAAACAAAUGUGUCUUUGCCAACACUUGCUGAGAAUGUGAGCACUCUAAUUGCGGAUACAGUGAACGAUACCCUGCUGUUGCACUUGAACCAAACAUUCACGGCUGCUGAGGUGGCGUCGGACGACACAGCGGGUGAUUUCACCAGCAACAAUGUCACAGCUGCGACAAUUGUCGGCAUUGGUGUUAGUGAUACGAUAUUCUUGGUGCUUAUUGGCGUUUUGGGCGUCUUGGCUGCCAUCACUGCUGGUCUGCUGAUGCACCUCUGCUUUUUCCACAUCUACAUCUCCUUCCUGGGUCUGACGACGUACGAGUAUAUACGCAAUCAUCGGCAAGCACAAGAGCUGAAGGCUAAAGAAGCAAUUUCAAACCUGCCAAAAGAAGAUCAAACACAUUUCCCCUUAACUCCGUCCAAAAAGACUAAUGACUGUGACCAAAUGUACUUCUGUUCCAGCACAAGGCAUCCAAAUGCCAUCAAUCCGGCUGAUUUGCAUUAUUUUGAAGCGGGUAAGCCGCCGCCACGAAAGCGUGAUAGUGCCGAUGGUCGUGAUUUGCGUUUGCAUUGCUGUGUCAAUUCCAGAGAGUAUCAUCAGUCCGCCGCAAAGACUUACUAUAUGUGCUCGCUACUCGAGGAAAACGCCGUGCACUCACCGCUUGCAAUCUCACAUAUCAGCGGCGGUGAUAGCGCUAGAGUCGGCAGUUUUUAUGACGCCAAUGACGGCGCUGAAAGAGCCGAUCGUGGUUAUAAGACCUUCCAUUGCUGCUCUACAUUUGGCGCGUUGGCGACACAACGCCGUGUAAGCGCCGCCACUUCCAAGGCCACACUGGUCAGUGAUCUGGAGACGAUUAGCGCGCGUCGUUCAUACAUGCAGUACACCGAACAGUGUACGCUGUGUACAUUUCGUGUACGCAGUCCGAUGGUGAGUAAGCGCGUUAGUGAUGUGAGUGGCGUUCGCGGCGCCGGCGGCAGGCAACGUCACGCCUCAGGUCACGCGGAGUUGAGUCCAACACCGCGCACCGUUUCGGCGAGCUCGAAAAUAGUAACCAGCGAACAGCAUCAGCGUUGUUGUAUGAAGUCCAUUUCGAAACAUCAACGGUGGCGUCGAAAAUGGAAUUGCUGUUCAAAUGUGCCCGACAGCCCAGAUGUGCCAAAUGAUAUAAUCGCCGCAUUGGCGAUGCGUCACCAACACAGUACUGCCACUAGCACCGGUGGCGCAGGCAAAAAAAUGAAUGCUACCGAAAUACCAGUGCAUUUCAUAAAGACAGUUAAUGGCAGCGGCGACAGCACGACAUGCAGCCUCAGUAGUAACAGCCGCCCAACCUCUCCGCGCAGUGCCAAUCUCAAAUCGAGCUCACGCACACGUAACGCACGCACCUGGCCGUUGCCGCGUCUACGACACAUGAUGCGUAUGCUGGGACGUUACCGUCGUACGCGUUGCCGCCAAGCUGAGGGUAAUAGCGUGCUGCCGCCAUGCGAUGAACAUCAAGUUAAGCAGAAUCAAAUCCGCCCAUUACAUUUACAAGCAAACAGUAAUGGUGCUUACGGCCGCCAUCAGCUAAAUCACCAUCAACACCAACAACAUUGCAACGACAGCAGCUCACCGCAGCCGCCUUCAUCGACAACGACAGCAUCGACAGAGGAACGGAGUGAUCAAAGUAUAUACAGUGAUUCGAGUAAUUUAACAACACCCUCGGGUCAGACGCCCAAUACAAUCGAAACAAUUCUGCCCACAUCAGUGAUACGUGACGACACGUCCAUGACAUAUACGACACCCAUGGGAUUUACACUUCCGCCGGCCUUGCCACCACCAACACGUCGUAAAAUACCAAAUCCCACAAAUUUGGAUGAUCUCGCAGAGACAUUGAGUUUUGUCUCGCAUUCAUCAGCUGGCAGUGCAGGCACUUUAUCGCCCGUACAACGACUGCCAACGCUAAGCAACGUGUAUCGUCGGCAGCGACGCAAACAUUUCCUACGCACACGUUCGCCAACUUUAUCGCCAAUACAUGAAACAGGCCUUUCAAAUCCAACAUCACCACAACCGGGUCGACAUGGUGCUAAUGCAAUCAACUUAAAUGUUGCCGCAACUGUUGCCGCUGGCGACUUAGCAGAGUUGGCGCGUAAAAGUUCAUCGAAUAGUUCACUACAUAGUGUUAGUUCCAAUUCCAGCAGCACUUAAAUACUUAGCUUAGUUUAUGCCGAAGAGCUCUGUGAAAAUUUAAAGGUGGGGAUGCUGGUUAAAAUUUUUUUAGAAUGUAGGCGACACUUAGUAUGUACGCUAUAAAGAGGAACACAACUUAACGAAAUGGAGAUGGAGCUACAUGAGCUAAGCGGGAAUAAAAUCCAGACGAAUUUGCAUAUAUUUUUGUUUUAGGACUUGGGUCACAAAUAUUGAAAGAUAGCUUCAAAUUUAAAAACACGAUUUUCACUCUUAUUUCAACUGGAACAGUGCCAAUGAUUGGCCACUAAAAUUUUCAAUACAAAAUCAUGCAUUCCAUGCAUUGAAAACUCCUACCAUUUGAAAAUGCCAUAAGUAGCUGAGAAAAAAUCUAGGAGGUUAACAAGAAAAGAAAUAAUAAUUUAGAAUAUCACAUUAAAUUAGGAAGAAUAUUUUAAAAUCAUAGACGCACUUUUGAUAUCAAGAUCGGAUUUCGGUGUUUCCAUUCCAUGUUCGUUUAACGUUUCCAAAUCUCCUACCAAUCAAUCCGAGAGAUUUCAUAUUCCGAUGAAGACAGCUAAACACAAAGAAUUGUGAUUGAAGAUCAAACAUUUGAAAAAUGUUCCAGAACAAAUUAACUGACAUAAAAUCUAUGAAAAUCGCUUGCUCACCGUUAAACGGAUUCAAACCGCACAUUGCAUUCAGACAAAUAAACUGGCUCUUUAGUAUUUUAUUGCUGACGUUUUGAAGUCUAGGUUUUAGGUCGCAAGUUUACGUAAUUCUACUGCAGUGGUUUUUUCAUUCUAACGCUUUUUAAUUAUUUAAAAUUUGCCAGCACAUCUGAUAUCAGCAAUUUCACAGGGCACAGGAAUCGACUUAUACUAGACCCUGUAGCGUCCACCUUCGCCAGAGCUGUUGGUUGAUGGCGGUUAAACUUUCAAGAGAACCCAAUGCUGGUUGCCCACUAUCUGCACCGAAUUUUUUGGGUGCAUGAAGCUGAUGUUUUUCUAGCGAAAAGUACACAACGUACCGUUGUGAAUGACCAGUUUAAAUAUCGCCUCUAAGCUAGAGUGGUGAGAGGGGAAGGACGUUGAAGAGUAGUGAUUGAUGUUAACAAUUGUUACCCUUGAAUUUAUUCAUCGAGCCCUAUGGCCCUUGGAAAAGAUCGGUGUUGGGCUUCUUAUGAUAAAUUGGGGUUGUCUAGUCUAUUCCUCUUGACCUUGUGAAUUGAUUAGAGUAAGCUCGAGGGGAGCUCCGUAUGAGAAAGGUAUUGCGGGCUGACCUUUCUUCGGGUGGUCGGAGAUGGUGCAGGAUAAUGCACAGGGGGAGAUAUAUUAAGUAUGAUACUACUUCAAAAUUAGUGGAGAGCUCCGAGGGGUGUGUUUUUUUGCCGUUCCUGAUACAGGCAAACAUCUUGGCAAGCAGAAUAUGAGAGUUCGAGUAUGAUUCCAAGUACCUAGCAAGAGCAUAGGGUGUGGCUCCCAAUAAUCCAGCAUCAAGUGAUUUUUACCAUGUAGGGUUAUUUUAUCAGCCGUGACAGUCAGCAUUUAAGAGAAAGAAUGAUAGAAUGCCGCUCUUUGUAGCUCAAGUCUUUCAAUACAAACACUUUCACACUGAUAAGACCCUACAAGCUAGUUGGGUGCGAUUUUUCGAAAAAUAUAGAUGAAAUUAAUAGAUUUAUCCUACUAUUUUUGUAAUGUGAUGAAUGACAAAAGCAAUCCAAAGGAGAGAACUGCCGAAUUGUAAUUUGAAAUGGACGCUUUUACUACGUCCAGGAUUAUUUGAAAACAAGGCCUAUGUUAGGCUAGGCUGGUCGACCUUUGGGACGUCUAGGAUUAUUUGAAAACAAGGCCUAGUUUGCUCGCGAACUUGAAUCACUUGCUCCAUUCGUCCGCUUGACAAAAGCUUCUCAGGAUCAGGCAUUCAGUCUAAUAGUACUUUUAAGGCCAACGCUGUACUACUGCUUCUCAGCCUAUUUGAAGCCUGUAGCCUCGAGGCAGUUAUGAAUACCAUGUUCUUUACCAUCAGAUUUGCCGCUGGUAGCCGGUUGGUAUUCGGAAGGCACGGGUUCAUAUCCCGAUGCAUUCAACAACCAAA